AUGUCAACUCCCGGGUUGCUCUAUGUGACAAUGCAGCCGCAGGGCUCCCUGCCCGAGGCGCAAUUCCACGAUUGGUAUAACACCGAACACGGCCCUUUGCGUCUACGUCUACCCUUCAUUACAAAUGGAUUCCGCUUCCGUGCGACCGACGGCGAAAAACCCGAGUAUGUCGCGCUGUACGACAUCACCGACAUGGCCGAGUUGACCCGCAAGACCUAUCUGGAUCUGCGCACCGAUCUGAUCAAGACGGAGCGAGAGAAGGCCACAAUGGCCCAGAUUGACGUGGGUCGUUUGUUGUAUGAUCUGGUCUAUGAGCAGAAGUCGCCGAACUUCCGCCCGCUCGAGAACCAAGCCGAUACCGACGCCGAGACUCGCGGGAGCGUUCUCGUCGCUGUUACAACCACCAUCGACGCUGAUCCCGAAAAGCAGGCGGAGCAUGAUCGCUGGUAUCGUGAAGAACACAUCGACAUGCUCUCUCGUGUGCCCGGCUGGCGUCGCAGCCGCUUGUUUGUGACUUCCUCGAUCGAUCCUCAAGCCCCUCGUCACUCGCUGGCUCUCCAUGAGUAUGAUCCUCAGAAUGGACUGGGUGGGGAUGUGCACAAGGCCGCCAUGAACACUCCCUGGCGGGAGAAGCUCCAGCAGACUGCCGUCAAAUCCAAGCAGCGUCGCGUGUAUCAAUGGUACUACACCUUUGGCCCUGCCCCGCGAGAACUCUCAUCUCUGGCAUCUCCGGAUUGCAAGGGUCCGUGGUCGUCCAACGAUGGCAAGACUCGCACAUUCCCCUCCGCAGCUCGCCCGGCGGUGGAAUCCUUCAUCACCACAAAGGACGGUGUUGAGCUCCCGUAUCGAUUGGAGGGAAGUACGGAUCCCGAUGCUCCCGUCGUGGUCCUGAGCAAUUCCAUCUUAGUGGACUGGAACAUCUGGGACCGCUUUGUGGACGCCUUCUUCGCGCGGCAACAAAACCAGCGCUAUCGCGUGUUACGCUACUUGACCCGCGGCCGUCGUGCGGCCAGCGGCCAGCAACCCGUCACGGUGGAUCUUCUGGCCUCUGAUGUUGCCGAUCUACUUGAGGCUCUACGCGUGCCACCCAAGGCUGCUCGAUUGAUCGGCGUCAGCCUCGGCGGUGUCACCGUGCUCAACACGUCUUUGCUUUACCCCGAGUGCGUUGCUGCUUUCAUAGCAUGUGACACCAACUCCUCUGCGCCCGAGUCCAACCGUAAAGCCUGGGGCGACCGUGUGGCCAUGUCUGAACAAGAGGGCUCAACGGAUCCCGAGACCAACGAGCCCAUCGUCGGGGAGCAGCUUGCCGAGAUCACGACCCGACGCUGGUUCGUACCGGAAUCGUACGAGACUCAACCGGAGGUGCUUGCCCCAGUCAAGGAGGCAGUUCGCACCAACAGUCUGAAAGGCUUCGCCCAUAGCGUCAAUGCACUGUGCGCGUAUGAUAUUCGCGAUCGCAUGGGCUCUGCGACUGUGCCCGGAUUGUUUGUCGCCGGGGCCAACGACGGAGUGCUUCCUCAGACCAUGCAGAAGAUGGCAGCUGAUCUGAAGGGAGGUGCUGACCUCAAGAUCAUUGAAAAGGCAGGCCAUUUGCCAAUGGUCGAACAGCCUGAAGCCUUUGCUGACGUGGUGACCGAGUUUCUGGGCAAGAUCGAUGGAUGA